GAGCCGGAGCCGGAGCGCCGAGACGGGCUGAGGCGGCGGCGGCGGCCCCGCCCCGGGGCUCCAUUGUUGAGGCCGCUGCGGCUCUGCGGGCUACUAGGCUGCGCUCCCCUCGGCGAGGCGGCUGCCUGAGAUUCAUCUAAAAUUCUGUUCUUUGGUGCGGGUCAUCAGAAGGAAGCACAGGCAAGAUGCAUGACUUACAUCAUUGACAAAAGACAGACCUUGGAUGAAUGAAUGAAGAACAUAAGUACUUGCAUGUAUCAGUGGCUCUCAAACUUUUUGCAAUGGAAGAGUUAAUAGUUGAACUUCGCCUCUUUCUUGAACUCCUGGACCAUGAAUAUCUAACAUCAACUGUCAGGGAGAAAAAGGCAGUAAUAACUAACAUUCUGCUGAGGAUACAGUCCUCCAAAGGUUUUGAAGUGAAAGAUCAUGCUCAGAAGCAAGACACCACAAGCAGCCUGCCAGCCCCUCCUCAGAUGCCUCUGCCGGAGAUCCCUCAGCCCUGGCUGCCUCCUGACAGUGGGCCUCCACCAUUACCAACAUCCUCUCUCCCGGAAGGUUAUUAUGAGGAAGCUGUGCCCCUGAGCCCUGGAAAAGCUCCGGAGUAUAUCACGUCAAAUUAUGAUUCGGAUGCCAUGAGUAGCUCUUAUGAAUCGUAUGAUGAAGAGGAGGAAGAUGGAAAAGGGAAGAAAACUCGGCACCAGUGGCCGUCGGAGGAGGCCUCAAUGGACCUGGUAAAGGACGCCAAAAUCUGUGCCUUCCUGCUGCGAAAGAAGCGCUUCGGCCAGUGGACCAAGCUACUCUGCGUCGUCAAGGACACCAAACUCCUGUGCUAUAAGAGUUCCAAGGACCAGCAGCCUCAGAUGGAACUGCCCCUCCAAGGCUGUAACAUUACGUACAUCCCAAAAGACAGCAAAAAGAAGAAACACGAGUUGAAAAUCACUCAGCAAGGCACGGACCCACUUGUUCUCGCCGUCCAGAGCAAGGAGCAGGCCGAGCAGUGGCUGAAGGUGAUCAGAGAAGCCUACAGUGGCUGCAGUGGGCCUGUGGAUCCAGAAUGCCUCCCUCCACCCAGCUCCCCAGUGCACAAGGCGGAACUAGAGAAGAAACUGUCUUUGGAGAGACCCAGCUCAGAUGGGGAAGGUGUUGUAGAAAACGGAAUUACUAUGUGUAAUGGAAAGGAGCAAGUGAAGAGGAAGAAAAGUUCCAAAUCAGACACCAAGGGAACCGUAUCUAAAGUUACUGGGAAAAAAAUUACCAAGAUCAUUGGUCUGGGAAAGAAAAAGCCAUCCACAGACGAGCAGACUUCUUCAGCUGAGGAAGAUGUUCCUACUUGUGGCUAUCUCAAUGUGCUCUCCAAUAGCCGCUGGCGGGAGCGCUGGUGCAGAGUGAAAGAUAACAAGCUCAUUUUCCACAAGGACAGGACGGAUCUGAAGACCCACAUUGUUUCAAUCCCCCUCCGAGGCUGUGAGGUGAUCCCAGGCUUGGAUUCCAAGCACCCGCUGACGUUCCGACUGCUUCGCAAUGGCCAGGAGGUUGCAGUGUUAGAGGCAUCUUCUUCUGAAGACAUGGGCAGGUGGAUUGGAAUCUUACUAGCUGAGACGGGGUCGUCCACAGACCCGGGCGCUCUGCACUACGACUACAUAGACGUGGAGAUGUCUGCAAGUGUCAUCCAGACAGCUAAACAGACUUUUUGCUUCAUGAACAGGCGUGUCGUAUCUACCAACCCAUAUCUAGGGGGGACCUCCAAUGGCUACGCACACCCCAGCGGGACAGCGCUGCAUUACGACGAUGUCCCCUGCAUCAAUGGCUCGUGGGAACCGGAAGACGGCUUUCCUGCGUCCUGUAGCAGAGGCUUGGGAGAAGAGGUGCUCUAUGAUAACGCAGGCCUGUACGAUAACUUGCCGUCUCCAAAAAUCUUUGCCCGCUACUCUCCUGCUGACAGGAAGGCUUCUAGGCUGUCUGCUGACAAGCUGUCCUCUAACCAUUACAAACACCCUGCCUCCGCUCCGUCUGUUACUAAUACCUCUUCUGUGGGGAGGGCGUCUCUCGGGCCCGGCUCCCAGUUGAAGAGCAAAAAGCCCCCAGUGGCAUCAAACGGGGUCACAGGAAAAGGGAAGACUCUGAGCAGUCAGCCAAAAAAAGCAGAUUCAGCGGCCGGUGUGAAACGGACAGCUUCCAAUGCCGACCAGUACAAGUAUGGCAAGAACCGGGUAGAAGCAGAUGCCAAGAGGUUGCAGACCAAAGAAGAGGAGCUGCUCAGGAGGAAAGAAGCCCUGAGGAACAGACUGGCCCAGCUCCGAAAAGAAAGGAAAGACCUUAGAGCGGCCAUUGAAGUGAAUGCUGGCAGGAAGACCCAGGGGGUCCUGGAGGACAAGUUGAAGAGGCUGGAGGAGGAGUGUCGGCAGAAGGAGUCGGAGCGUGUCAACCUGGAGUUGGAGCUCACCGAGGUCAAGGAGAGCCUGAAGAAGGCCCUGGCGGGCGGUGUCACCCUGGGGCUGGCCAUUGAGCCUAAGUCAGGGGUGUCAAGUCCACAGUCCCCAGUGUUCCGUCAUCGGACUCCAGAGAACUCGCCCAUCUCCAGCUGUGACACCAGUGAUACAGAGGGCCCCAUGCCAGUGAAUAGCGCAGCUGUUCUGAAGAGGAGCCAGCCGGCGCCGGGCAGCUCCCCCUGCCGUGGGCAUGUGCUGCGCAAGGCCAAGGAAUGGGAACUGAAGAACGGGACGUAAGGAAUAGGCACCACGGUGUCAGCCUCAGCCAGGGACGGCUCACCUCACCCAAUGUCCUCGCCCCUGUGACUGCAGGAAGCUCUGCCCAGGCUGCCCUGCAGCGGCGUGACCUUGGAGGCCUUGCCAUUUGAGUUCCGAUACCAGCACCUGCCCCCGGCUCACGUGUAUUCCUUCUACUGUAUAUUGGUGCCCUUUUAAAAAGUACUCGUAGGACUUGGUUUCCAACUUCGUUAAAAAACAAAAACAAAAGGGAUGAAAAGGUAUUGUAAAAGCAACCUGCGCCAGGUGGAGAAGUCACAUCUCUCUAGCCAGUGAAAUGAUUGCUCUGCCUACUUUCAACCCGGCCCCGGCUAAAGACGGAUGGGUCCGUGGAAGAGCCAGACCCCGGUGCUCUGGGUGUGGGGGUGAGUGACAGGUAGCACAGCGCACGGCUGCCUGGAGGGCCAGGGCUCGCGUCCGUCCCUCUCCUCACCGGAGGGAGUGAGGAAACCACGCUGUGAAGCAGCUUUUACCCUUUAAUUUUUUUUUUUUUUUUUUUUUUAGACAGAUGCUUUUGUCACCAGGACAUGAAAAGCUGCCAUUGUUUUUAACCUAUUUUUUUAAAAAAGUCUCUUUGUUUUGUGUGUCACACUUAGAUCUAAGAAUUUUCCCAGAUUCUGUAUCUUAUUAAUUAUUUGUGCUGCUCUUGAAAGGCAGCAGAGAGCUUGUCAUACUUCACCCCGACCUGGGCCACUCCAGAGCUGGCAGGACCUGCUCCCGGCAGGGAGAGGCUCCUGGUCCACUUACGGGGCACCCACUGAGGUAUGGGGUUGGAGCAGUCCUUUGAAAAUGGAGCAAGUUCUGGAACUUACCCAGGUAUAGAACUAUGACAUCUUGGAGCAAGAGGAGGGCCUUUGAGGGCUUGUCACCCCUCCCCAGCCCCUCCCUCCAGUUUCCAAAUUAAGCCAUGAACAGGGCAGUGGGCUUGGCCCUGCUGUUCUCUCCUGAGUAAGGCAGGCAUAGGCGGGGCCUUUUCCGUGGUUCUCUUGCUCACCUUCUGUGCAAUAUUUCUGGGAGAGUUCAAUGCCUAAGGCUUAGAUAGAAAAACCGAGUUCAUGGCUGGUUUCUACCCACAGGUCUAAGAAUCAUAUUAAUUUUUUGGUCUCCGGGAACUCUGGCUGUCAGGAACUCUUUUUUAUGGGAAAAUGCAGUCACCCAUGAGGAAAUAAAAGUAUGGGGACCAUGUUGGACCUUAGUGAUGCUGCUCCUGACACAAACCUUUCACCCACCGUCUAGAAUAGUCUUCUUAUCAAAUAUAGGAAGAGGUGGCAAGAAAACAGUCUCCGCAGGUUCCCCCCAGAGCACAUCCUAGGGCCAGCCCUCUGGUCCGCAGGCCUUUACCAGUAGGAUUAAUGCUUAAUAUCAUGGCACUCAAGCCCUCCUGGGGCCAUAUUUGAUUUUACUUAUGAGUGCAGGAAAGUAGUCUCCAGUGUGUAAGAACAUUUUACAGCAAGAAUGGAAGCUGCUUAGCUUAAGUCCACCUAAAACUUGAAUUUAUUGCAAAGCCAUCUGCCAGGACCAUUUUGGACUCAUGAGCUAUCAACUGGCAUUCUCCCUCUGAAGCUCCUUCCUUCCCACUUCAGUACCCAGACCCAUUGCCCCAGCGCUCACUGCGUUGGCUUCCCUCUAGGAACUCCAGUGGGGACGGCAGGGGCAGAAGCUUCCCAGACACGUCAAGGUCCACCCCCUGCUCUUGCCCGGAGGGACCCUGCCCCAGUAGGGACUUGUCUUUUCAUCAUAGGAAGCUGUGACUGCUUUGUAUCAUAUGAAACUAAUUUUUUGAAAAGGGAAAACAGUUUGAUCUACCAUAUAUUUUGCUGCCCUCAGGUCAAAUCAAAUUUCCCGAAUUAAGACUCUUGGGCUGUUCAGUUUGGCAGCCGUCUUUCCCCCAGGAGAACUGUUAUUAAGGAGGGAAACUACAACCGGCCGGGAUUCUCGGUCCUGGCCCAACACAGGUGGGUUCAGACAGCUGGCAGAACGUGGGCCAAAAGCACAGCACGCGGACCUCUGCCACUGCCCGGCCACCGUGGUCACUCUGAAGAUGGAGCCCCUGCAGUUUGGGGGGUAUCUUGCCCAGGAACACAGCUAGCUGGGGCCAGACUCCCAGCACACAUAUUUUGUUUUAGAACCCCAUGUUUGUAAAUCAUUUUCACAGCCAUAAACCUGUUAAAGAGGACGGCGAAAUCCAACGAAUCCUGUUAUGUUCUGUGGCCCAUUUUAAAUGGGCUCUGUGGAAGGAGAAGGCCUGUUGUCAUAUAUGUUCCCCUUGACAUUUUUAGAUUUGAUCAGAAAGUUUGUUUAAAGCAUUUGCUUCAAAAUAAGUUAUUUAUUUGUAUAUGUUCAAUGAAUGUAGCUUUUAAUUUAUAUCUGUACAUAAUAGACACACGAGAUAUCACGUCAGAAUUCUGGCAGUGAUCUCAUUUUAUUACCCUCCCGAAAUGUGCCCCAGAAACAAGCAACCCCUUGUUUCUAGAGCAGCCACGAGUACAACUGUUGUCAUUUUGUCAGGAAGCCGGGCGGGGUGGAGAAAGGCACGCUGGCCCCUUCGGUGAGGGUCAGGUUACUUUGCAGUGUCACUCAUGACUCAGGAGGACAAGACCCAUCAUGUCCCCUCUGUGGGCUGCGUGGGUGGGGCCGAUGGAGGACAGUUGGGUGAGGGGCCAACCUCUGCAGGUCCUGGGCCUUUCUAUUGUAACCUUGAGCCACAGUGUCAUUCCUCAGGGUUCUGCUUCUGGCUGUAUUUUUGUAAGGUGUCAUCAACCUUCAAAAUCCCCUCCUUUUUAUAUUUUUGUAGUGUUUUUAAUUCACUAACCAACCUUUUUCAUACAAACAACUCUGAUAGUAAAAGGGCUUGCUUUGGUCCCCCAACUUGGGUACAGGUAUGGACCGUCACAUUACCUCUGCCCAGAUUCUGAGAGGCCUCAUGUAGGGGGGUUCUGUCUACACCAGAGAAGCCAGUAGCUCCCUCACCCGGCACCCAGGGGCAGGGGCACCACUUCUGGGCAGCCAUCGAGGAGCUGCCAAAUUGUCCCAGGUCCAGAUCCCCUGCCAUCCACAGAGCCCUUCCAGGGCCCUUGGGACAAGACCAAUCAUGUCCCCUCUGUGCCUGUGCCUUGGGGUUGCCAGGCCUGCUCCCCUUACUUAUCUCUAGGUUAUUUUUGGCUAUUUCCAAAUAGCUAAACUACUCUGAUAGGGGGGAGAUUUGUCAGUUUUUGAAAAGCCUGUUUCAAAAGAGGUAUGUCCUCUGCUCUGUUGGCCAUUCUGGGAGGGAGUUUCAGACUCGACAUCAUUGUGGCCACAAUUUGGAGUUUGUGCACAGGUUCCCAAAGGACAGUUUGGGAGCUGAGGCUGUGGGUAGGGGAUGUGGGCAGUUCUUACUUGUCGAUGGUCACACCUUACCUUUCCAGAAGAGAAUAUUAACCCUGCUAACCCACUCUCGGGGGCACGUAAGCUUUGCCCACAGACCAGGCAACAUCCUCUGUUCUUGCACCUAACUCAUGUUAUUAGAGAUCCCCCAGGGAUGUGCAGGGCCUCUCUCCCAGAGAAAAGGGACACGCCUUCACCUGCAGCCUGCACCUGUGCCCCAGCAGACAUGGGGCUGACACCCUGCACUCACAGCUGGGCCUUGCCACCAAGCAGAUGUCAAUCCUUAUAAAUAGCCUCUCCCGGAGCCUAACACAGAAGUUUCUCUGGUAUCAGCGUCAGCAGACAAGAUGUUCUUCAAUUUAUGUAAAGGUCAUGGCAACAUUUAAAUGUUAAACUCUCGCCUUCCUUUUUCCCUUUCUAAAAUAAUACUUUAAUAGGAAAAACGAUUUCAAAUUCAUGACGUAGUUUUAAAGGGUAUAGUUACAUUGUUCUUGUUACAUCUUCUUAUCAUCCCUGUAGUGGGCUGAGUUCAUACUGUGAAGUAACUAAAAAUAAAUAAAAUUUUCAUGUUGUCAGAAUACCUGGCCCACCAUCAUGGGAAAAACAAAACCACCUCUAUUUCUGAACACCCAAGCCGCAGCAGGCCAACUUAACCAUGUUUAAAGGAAGGAAAACUUUACACCUAGGAAAUGUUUGGCUUCAGAUGUGUCCUGUUACUCACAGUGUAGGACUGUUUCCAGUUACAUCUUCCAGGAGAGCUCCCCUUUACCGUGUACAGGUAUUAUCAGGUAUUUUCAGUUGUAGCCAUGGGAGAUGUUUUCAAAACAGGAUCUUCAGAUCAUAAUGCUUAGGGGCCAAAGGUGUUUUUAAUAAGAUGCUUUUUUUUUAUUUGAUUUUCUAAUGAGAAAGGAAAUAUUCACUUUAAAUUUUAACAUCAACUUUUAAAUUAUAGAUAUUCAGCAUUAAUUGACCAUGGCUAUAAGUUGUAAAAUGUUUUCAUAUUAAGAAUGUAAUUAUUUCCUUAUUGUAUUUUUUAAAAGCUAAAGUCGUAUUUAAAAUGCUCUUUGAAAGAAACAGGCAAGCAGGAAAGAUUUUUUUAAAUUAAAUAUGUUGUUGAAUGCCCAUUUUAAAUGACUGUAAAUAUAUUUUCACUGUGUUUCUCAAUGUAUUUAAUUCAUAAAGUAAAAUUUUAUGAAAAGAAA